UCCUCCCCACACCAUAAGCAGCAAACGCACCGAAGCUUUGAUCUGCUCCUCUAAAUCCACCUUGCUAGCUAUACCAUGGCGGCAUCUGUAGCCAGCUCUUUCUUCUUCGACGACGAGCCGGCUGGCGACCGUGGGAUGGCCGCGAUGGACGCGUGCGCGCUCUGCGCCAAGCCGCUGGCGCGCGAGAAGGAUAUCUUCAUGUACAGAGGGGACACCCCCUUCUGCAGCGACGAGUGCCGCCACAAGCAGAUUCGGGACGACGCCGUCUGCGAGAGGCACGCUGCCCGGAGGCUGCGGCCAUACUCGUCCGUACCAGAGUCCCUUCUUGGGCAGCCUGUGUCCGGGGAGGUGUCCGUUGGGAGCUGACCGGCCAGAGAGAGCGCCAACGAGGUCUGAUUGUCUGAAGAACCAUCAAUUUUGGGAUGAUGACAUCUCGCCGGCGCUCAUGGGCACCAGGUGCUGUCCUGCGUGUCCGGCCGGCGAGGCAGCAGCGCCCGCCCCGCAGCUUCAAUUUUGGGAUGAUGAUGUCUCUCCGGCGCUCUUGGGUAUUAGGAGCUGUCCAGUCCAGCGAGGGAGGAAGCAGCGACGCCCACAGCUUCUUGGGCUGGUUGAAGAAGGCCACGAUCGAACAACAUCACCGUGUGUUUAUCUUCUAUUUUGGCUAACCCGAUCAGCCCUGUUUUCUCUGUGAUUCCGUCUCUGUAUAUCCAUGAAUUUGGCGGUAUAAAAGUU